UGAGUGACAGUUGCUUCAGGAACCUUGCCGAGGAUCGUAGUGGGAUAAACCUUAAAGAUCUGGUCCAAGACCCUUCUUUGUUGGGUGGGACUGUAUCUGCAUACAAGAUAGUGCCAGACGAAAUAGAAGAAAUCAAGGAGACGCUGAUAGAUUGGUGUGAUGAAAAAGAACUUAAUUUGAUUUUAACAACUGGAGGAACAGGGUUUGCACCACGAGAUGUCACUCCAGAGGCCACUAAAGAAGUAAUAGAGCGAGAAGCCCCAGGGAUGGCCCUGGCAAUGCUGAUGGGAUCACUUAAUGUUACCCCUCUGGGCAUGCUCUCUAGACCCGUGUGUGGAAUCAGAGGGAAAACUCUCAUAAUUAAUCUGCCAGGUAGCAAGAAAGGGUCACAGGAAUGUUUUCAGUUUAUACUGCCAGCCCUACCUCACGCCAUUGAUCUUUUGCGGGAUGCCAUUGUAAAAGUAAAGGAGGUACAUGAUGAGCUUGAAGAUCUACCUUCACCACCACCUCCUCUUUCUCCUCCUCCAACCACCAGCCCUCACAAGCAGACAGAAGACAAAGGAGUACAGUGUGAGGAAGAGGAGGAAGAGAAGAAGGAUAGUGGAGUUGCCUCAACAGAGGACAGUUCUUCUUCACAUAUCACGGCAGCAGCCAUUGCAGCUAAGAAGCAUCCAUCCUACACCAGUUCAGCUGUUAUCAUGGCAAAAGGUGAACAGCCCAUCCCUGGUCUCAUCAGUUAUUGCCAUCACGCAGCAGGCAGUGCAGGAGAACCGAUUCCAGAUUCCAUCAUCUCUCGUGGUGUUCAGGUGCUCCCACGUGAUACAGCUUCCCUCAGUACUACUCCUUCAGAAUCUCCUCGUGCCCAGGCCACCUCUCGUCUCUCCACUGCAUCCUGCCCAACACCAAAAGUCCAGUCUAGGUGCAGCAGCAAGGAGAACAUCCUCAGAGCAAGUCACAGUGCUGUUGACAUUACCAAGGUAGCAAGAAGACACCGCAUGUCUCCAUUCCCAUUGACAUCUAUGGACAAGGCCUUCAUCACAGUUCUGGAGAUGACCCCAGUGCUUGGAACAGAAAUCAUCAAUUACAGAGAUGGAAUGGGCCGAGUCCUUGCUCAAGAUGUAUAUGCAAAAGAUAAUCUACCACCAUUUCCAGCAUCAGUAAAAGACGGCUACGCUGUCAGAGCUGCUGAUGGCCCUGGAGAUCGAUUCAUCAUAGGGGAAUCCCAGGCUGGUGAGCAGCCAACUCAGACUGUGAUGCCGGGUCAGGUAAUGCGUGUUACAACUGGUGCUCCAAUUCCAUGUGGUGCUGAUGCAGUGGUGCAAGUGGAAGAUACAGAGCUCAUCAGGGAAUCGGAUGAUGGCACUGAAGAACUAGAGGUUCGAAUCCUGGUGCAGGCUCGACCAGGCCAAGAUAUCAGACCUAUAGGACAUGACAUUAAAAGAGGUGAAUGUGUGCUGGCUAAAGGAACCCACAUGGGUCCAUCUGAGAUUGGUCUCUUAGCAACUGUUGGAGUAACUGAAGUAGAAGUUAACAAGUUUCCAGUGGUUGCAGUCAUGUCAACAGGGAAUGAGCUACUGAAUCCUGAAGAUGACCUCUUGCCAGGAAAGAUUCGGGACAGUAACCGUUCAACUCUUCUAGCUACAAUCCAAGAACAUGGCUAUCCAACAAUCAACCUGGGAAUUGUGGGAGAUAACCCAGAUGAUUUACUGAAUGCACUGAAUGAGGGUAUCAGCCGUGCUGAUGUGAUCAUUACAUCAGGAGGUGUAUCUAUGGGGGAAAAGGACUAUCUUAAACAGGUGCUGGAUAUUGAUCUUCACGCACAGAUUCACUUUGGCAGAGUUUUUAUGAAACCAGGCCUGCCAACAACUUUUGCAACUCUGGAUAUUGACGGCGUAAGAAAAAUAAUCUUUGCGCUCCCAGGCAACCCUGUGUCAGCUGUUGUCACCUGCAACCUCUUUGUUGUUCCCGCACUGAGGAAAAUGCAGGGUAUCCUGGAUCCUCGGCCCACCAUCAUCAAAGCCAGGUUGUCAUGUGACGUAAAAUUGGACCCCCGCCCAGAAUAUCAUCGGUGCAUACUGACUUGGCAUCACCAAGAACCACUACCUUGGGCACAGAGUACAGGGAAUCAGAUGAGCAGUCGUCUGAUGAGUAUGCGCAGUGCCAAUGGACUGUUGAUGCUACCUCCAAAGACAGAGCAGUAUGUGGAGCUUCACAAGGGGGAGGUGGUGGAUGUCAUGGUCAUUGGAAGGCUAUGAUGUCACCAGCAAGAGCGAAGCUUUGAUGCAUGUCCACAUAUCAUUGACUGUAUCCUGUAAUAUGCAACGGCACAGCUAGUUUUUCUGAUUUGGAUAAAAGUUGAUCAGUAUAGUCAACAUCUUGAAUUAUAUUUCAAAUGGAAUUUAAAUAAAUACCUUUUAAAAAAAACUUUAAAACAAAUCUUAACAAAGAAAUUUAUUCUGAUUAUAUCAAAGCAACUUUUUCCUUUCCUUGCAAUUGCUUUGUGUGUUCAAUGCUAGUUCUAAUAGCGGUAGCUUUUAGUAGACAGCAGUAGGUGCCUGCAGAACUUGUGUUUUUUCUCAUCUUUAAGAUACAACUACUUAUGCUCUUAAAACAAGGCUGUCUGCUUAUUUAUACUAGCGUAGACAACACUUGGAUUUCCCUUAUUAGUAUGCUUCAUAACCGCUUCACAGAGAGCUUCUGCUUGUUCUUUAUCUUGUAUCUCGUGUUGAUGUGCACAGUGCCAAAAGCAGAGUGGCUGCACUGGGAACCCAAUGAAGCCCCGAGGUUUUCUCACCUCGCUGCGCAUUCAGGGAUCUCUCUUGUCCCGGCAGCCACCCAGCUCAGUACUCUUGGGCAGUAACUGGAUACCUUUUAUUUCAACAAACAAAAAAAUCGCUUCCUUAAGUGCUGACAGCCUUUUUAACCAAUACAUUUAAAAAUGUACAGAACUAAAAACUAAAAAAAAUCAAAGACUGAUCUUGUACAGAUAUUAGUGUUACCAGCAUUCGUGUGGAAAUUAAAUGAGCAAAGAAAUAAAACUAAUGUUAAACAACUCUGUACCAUAACAUUUUCUGUAAUGAUAUUGAAACUUAAAUGAAUAAAAAAAAUCCUCAAUCAUUAUUUAAAAUUUCA